AGCAGCGACCCUUUGGAGAUACCGCCUUAUUAAUAGAUAGACCGCUAGGCUAUGAUCUCUUUUCUGUGACCAACGCACAUGCGUAUCUUCUUCUCUGUAUGUUGGAUUGAGACCGUAUUGUCACGUUCUUUCACUGCCACACACCGCAACUGCCCAUGGAGCACUCGUCGAGGUUCCAAUGAUCUGCGUCACGCAGUAGAUGGCCCUCCAUGGGUUCGCUUAGCAGCUUUCUUUUCGUAUAUCUCCUUGGCGGACUUACCUUUAUACCACUCCUUUUUGCUUUGAUUGCUCUACACGCAUAUCUUACGCUCCCAUGCCCAGCACAGUCGACACAGGAUGCGAAUGACCGGAGAAACGAUGGCCUGGAGUUCCCCGGGGACGACGAAAACAGUCUGAGGACUGUUACUGACAGCCUGGAGGAGAAGUUUCGACGGUCUCAUGAAUCUGAUGUUGCUGCUGGAUACUUUACUGUGUGUCGAGAGUACACACCCACUUGGUUCAAUGCAAAGGCCCCCGUGCGGCCAGCGCCCGCAGGAGAGCCAACAGCCGCAGAAAGUGCGAGUGUUUAUCAGACAAUGUACAGUACUCUCUUCAGUCGGAGUCAGAACUCGAAUUUGAAACGGGCGAAGACCACAGACAAAAUCGAGAAGAGGGCAAACGACUUGUUCUUCGUCGUCUUGAGGCACGGCCAUCUUAUGCUUUAUGACGAUACCCAGCAGAUAGAUGUUCGAUAUAUCAUAUCUCUGGCUCAUCAUAAUGUCAGUAUCUAUUCCGGUGGAGCGGAUAUACCUGAGGAGGAGCUUUGGGCGAAGAGAAAUGCAAUACGUCUGACUCGCAGGCCUGAUCCCACAUCGGCUUCGCACACGCCAUCGCGCCCAUUCUACAUUUUCUCGGAGAAUCUCUCGGAAAAAGAGGACCUCUAUUUUGCCAUGCUGAGGAACAAAGAAAAGAUGCCAGGUUCAGCAGGCCUCUCGCCUUCGUAUCUGAGCUAUGACGCUAGGCAUAUCAUCGAUCUACUUCAGCGUCUAUAUUCGUCAGAGGAACAGCAAUCAACGCGCUGGAUUAAUGCCAUUUUGGGAAGACUAUUCCUUGCGUUAUAUAGAACGCCAGAAAUGGAGGAAUCAGUGAAGAGGAAGAUAGCCAAGAAGAUCUCGCGAGCCAAGACUCCUAAUUUCAUCACAAAGCUUGCCGUAAGGAAAGUGAAUAUGGGAGAUGGAGCUCCGUUCAUCAAUAAUCCAAGGCUGCGAGAGCUGACCUUGGACGGGGAUUGUAUCGUGGGAGUGGACUUUAGCUACACGGGCAAUUUCCGCUUAGAAGUAUCAGCAACCGUUCACAUUGACUUGGGCACUAGAUUCAAGUCAAGAGAAGUCGACCUCGUUCUCGCGGUAGUACUUAACCGUGUCGAUGGUCACUGCCUUCUGAGGCUGAAACCACCCCCGAGUAAUCGCAUCUGGUUUGCAUUCGAAACGAUGCCAACGGUGAUAAUGUCUAUUGAGCCAAUAUUUGGCACAAGACAAAUCACCUACGGAGUCGUUCUUCGCGCCAUUGAGAACAGGAUAAGAGAAGUCAUCUCCGAGACCAUUGUACUUCCUUUCUGGGAGGAUAUACCGUUCUUCGACACUAGUUCUUGUCCAUUCCGCGGAGGGAUAUGGCAAACUAGAAACUUUCAGACAGAUAAGGAGACUAAUGCCCAGGGGAGCAUGGGAGCUGUCACCGAUGAUAAACGUUUUGACUCCGAGAGUACUCCUGCCGGUAGUCUCGAUAUUGGACACGCUCUGGUGGCGAAUACAUCCGGACCUACCGACCCUUUGAACGACCCAUCAGGUACGCAAAGUGGUCUGGUGUCAACGCAUCUAGAACCUCGGGACAACAGCGACAUACGUUCUUCUACUGCAAGUAUGAUGGACAACCCCCCUUCGCAACUUCCCGGUCCCUCCGUUUUCUUCUAUAAGCCAGAUUCACCAGGCACCACUGAUGCUGCUGCUGCUGCUGCUGAUGCUGAACACACCGGGAUACCUGAUGUUUCUCGAAGAGAAGGAUUCGCGAAGCAAGGAUGCAAAGAGACUACAGUUACACAACAGGUUCUAUCUAUGAAUACACCUGUUUCACCUGACCCUCCAUGCCAGCGUGACACGCCGAACGACGAUGACGUUCCUCGAGUUACUUCAGUGCUAUCCGGAGAUAAGGGGGAUAAAAGCGGGCUGUCGGCGCGCUCACAGACUUCCAGACAACAUAGAUUAAGCCUCUCAACGUCCGAGGUUGAGACCACCUUUGCAACACCUGCAGCCGGCGAACUAUCCAGGCGACGUAACACAUUUGAGUUCCUGCCAUCACGCUCUUCCACCUCCUUGCGAGAAAGGUACCAGGGCAUAAGAUUUCUGAGAUCAGCUACUAGCACGCCUCGAAGUUGGAGUUGGAAAGGGCUGGUGGCAAAAGAAAACAUAAGAAAAGCAGACAUGCCUGACAAUACCGCCUCUGGAGAUAAACAACCUAUACCACAGCCACGCAAGGGAUCUGAACCUGCCGAUGAAAGACCUAUGCUGGGAUGUGAUCUUCCGAUGCCAGGAACAGAGUCCUCACCGGUCUUUCUGACCUCUGGUGGAAAUGCAGCCGAAGAAGAUCAAGAUGACGAUCACUAACUGCUCUAGGAUGAGAGUCAUCUCGAAUGGGAGCAUAACGCUCGAUCAGAUAUUCGACAUAAUUAAGUCGAGACCUUUGGUUCGUGAAAAGCCUUGAGAAACAUGGGGAUUAGGUACUUAGGUACCUAGGUACCUAGUUACCACGUACAUACUGUGGAACAAGUCCUUCGAUAUGGUAUCUCCGACCCUUGCUAUUCCAGCUAAUACUGCUUAUUCUCAUCCCAACGUAAGAAGAAACGCGUCAUUUCUAUGCUAGAGAACUGUCAAUACCUUUUUAUGACUAUGCGAGUAGUCCAUCGGUAUUCAAUCGAUACUAUUUGGAGAAUAUCCCGUAACAGCUAUAGUUUUAUAAACAAAUGGCCUGUGAACUGUGGAGCUGUGAUGUAGGAUUAUCGCAGACGCUGAUAUUUUGUUUUCUUUUUCUUUUUUCGAACCGUGGCAAUUUCGCAAAACACCUGCUACUUGAGCAUUAGACGG